CUUCCCACUUUCACGCUCGCGCCAGGAGUGAACCCGGUUCGUCCUCAUGGAGUCCUGCGCUGGUUGCGCACCCGGGACCUCUUCAUGUUGAAGCUUGGACUCUUCUCACAGCCAGUCGCCUUUUUCGGGGGGAUAUUUGCGGAUGCUGCUUCAUCUCCGCCCCAUGAUCGCUGCUCAACUGGAGACCAGUCAUGGACCCGUCCACCUCUGAGCAACUCAACCAGUCUUACGCUCUCCCUGUCUUCAACCUCAGCUGUCGCUUCGAUGAGGAGUUCAAGUACAUCCUCCUGCCCGUCUCCUACGGUCUGGUGUUCUUGGUGGGCUUCGUGCUGAACGCCACUGCUUUAUGGAUGUUCCUCAAGCUUCGACCGUGGAACCCCAGCACCGUCUUCAUGUUCCACUUGGCCCUGUCCGACUUCAUGUACGUGCUCUCCCUGCCCACGCUCAUCUACUACUAUGCCAACCGCAACAACUGGCCCUUCGGUUUGGUGGCCUGCAAGAUCGUGCGCUUUCUCUUCUACGCCAACCUCUACUGCAGCAUCCUCUUCCUCACCUGCAUCAGCGUGCACCGCUAUCUUGGCAUCUGCCAUCCCAUCAAAGCGCUGACGCUCAUCAAAUCUCGACAUGCCCAUGUAGUGUGCGGCCUGGUGUGGGCAGUGGUGACCGUGUGCCUGGUGCCCAAUAUCAUCUUCGUCACCACCUCCAGGCGAGACAAUGACACACUGUGUCACGACACCACUCACCACGAGGCCUUCAGGGAGUACGUGGACUACAGCUCUGCCGUGAUGGUGCUGCUGUUUGGCUUGCCGUUCCUGGUGAUCAUGGUGUGUUACUGCUUGAUGGCACGGGCUUUGUGCCGACCGCGGCUUGGCUCCUCGUCCAACCGACAGAAGUCGAUCAAGCUCAUCGUCGUGGUCCUGGUGGUCUUCGCGGUGAGCUUCGUUCCUUUUCACAUCACCAGGACCAUCUACUACGUCACCCGGGUUCUGAAGGACGUUAACUGCGAGUUCCUCAACAUGGUCAACUUCACGUACAAGAUCACCAGGCCGCUGGCCAGCGUCAACAGCUGCAUUGAUCCCAUCCUGUACUUCCUAGCAGGAGACCACUAUCGCUCCAAGUUCAUCAGCGCUCUGACUGGAAAAAGACAGAUCACAAGCGGUCAAGCACCGGAACCGGUCCAGUCCCUGCCGGACAAGAACGGUGUUGUUGGAUCUACCUUUCAAGAUACUGAGCUUAAAGCCAAAAAUGAAGCUGUAAAAUAGAGUCAGUCGUUUUAGACUCCUGUGGAGACAACACUUCACUCUAGAGGAAUAUGGCUCCUCCUGUGAGGGUGCUGGAUUGGAGGUAGACAAGGGUUUUGGAGUUGCAAUGUGUGCUGCAUCACUGUGCACCUCUCUCUUAAAUCAACUCAGUUGUCGCUUCAUCUAUCAUCCAGCAUUCGCUCCUGUGAGCCAGGCUCAGAGAGACGAGAGCCACUGAGCCGCGCUGAGCAGGAGACUGUCGUAUGCUUGUGGCUCUGGGAUGAAGCCGCCACCCACUGAAUGACAUGUUCGAGUCACUUUAAAAAAUGAUCUUCUUUGUACUUACUUGUCAUGACUUUGAAUCAAUUGAAUAUUAUUUUGUUAGCAGUUCUCCAUGUCUCCGAGUAUGCUGCAGCGUUUGAGUUUGGGGCCAUAUUGUAAUGUGAUUCUGUUGGAUUGUGGUAUAAAAUGUUGACUAUUUUCCCAUCAGGCUUCAUUUCCAUCUUACUGUAGCCCUCACACAGGAACUUCAGUUUUAAGUUUCUUUCUUGCAUAUCAUUUUCCUACAUAAAUAUCGCCUGUACUGAAGCCUUUAGAUCCAAAUUUAGUUGCUAGGUGGCGUUGCCAUCAACAUGACUGGAAGACACUGUCAAUGGACAAGUUGUGUGCAGUGAAUUCUUGCUGAGAUUGUUCUGAGAAAACAUUCUAUGUAACAUACCAAUUGAUAAAGCAUAGACUAUUUUUAAAGAGAGAAAUAGCAUAGCAUCCUCCGAUGUGCUUUAAGCCUCCCGUAUCCUUGGAAAUAAAGUUUCAUGACGGACAACAGGGUAGAUUUUUUUAAGUCUUCAUCCUUUCCAUUUUGCUGUGAAUAAAUGCAAAAGCUAAUCAAUAUUCUUCCAUACCUGUGUUUUCUGAAGCUUUUACAUCCAACAAAUCCAUACUGAAGGGCACGCGGCAAGAAAACUGGUGUAAGGGACAGUGGAAAACAACUGUUUGUUUAAUUUGUGUCAUUACACAGAGGGUGAUAAAGAGGAAUCCCACUGAACAAAAAUGACAUUUGAUAACGUGCAUAGCUUUGUUGUGAUGUACGUACAGUACAAAAUUCAAAUAGAAUGAAGACAAAAAUAGUGAAUUAAAACAGCAAAUAUUGACCACAAAACAUAUGAAGUAGAUUCUGGUGAAAAAAACAUUGAUAACAUUUUUUACAGUACAGCACAACAUUCAAAUAGAAUGAAGACAAUAAUAAAGAAAAAAAUACAGCAAAGAUUGACGACAUAAAAUAUAGAUUCUGGAGGGAAAAAACAUCAGUAGAUAUUGGCUUUUGGCAUGUUUGAAGGAUCAUAGUAAUGAAAAACAAGGUUGACAGUUUGACAGCAACAUAAUAACUGCUUUAUAAUUGUACAAUUACAUACACCAUAUGU